AUUAAAAUGCUUAGUUAACGUCUUCAUAAACAAUUGUCUAGGAAGUUCAAUUAAUUUAUUAAAAAAUAGUACUGAAAAUAUCAUAAAAUGGCAAACAAUCCUACAAAAAGUGCAAAAGCAAGUAAACCUGAAAAAAAGCAAUCGUUUUUGGUUAAAACCUAUUUAUUUUCCUAUAACCUCAUACUAGUGUUAGGAUGGAGCUACCUAUUAUAUCAACUAGCAUACUACCACUUACAUAAAAGCAGCAUUGGCUUGUGGGAAACAGUUAAAAAUACAGUAUUUAUUUUUCAAAAUGCUGCGGUUAUGGAGAUUAUCCAUGCAUCCACGGGGCUAGUUCCAAGUAAUCCAAUUAUAACAACAUUCCAAGUGCUCUCAAGAGUAAUGGUUGUUUGUGGAGUAGUUAUGGCAACACCGACAGCACAAGUUUCACCAGGAUUACCCCUUGCCUUGUUAGCAUGGUCAAUCACUGAAAUCAUUCGAUAUGGAUAUUAUGCUAUGAAUAUUUUGAAUGUAGUACCACAUUUGUUGGUGUGGCUCAGAUAUACUACAUUUAUUGCUUUAUAUCCAAUUGGGGUAACAGGAGAAUUGCUAUGCUUCUAUUAUGCCCAAAGUUACGUUAAACAACACAAGAUGUGGUCAAUUGAGAUGCCAAAUAAGUACAACUUUACUUUUAGCUAUUAUUACUUCUUACUUUUCAUUAUGUUUUUGUACAUACCAUUGUUUCCACAAAUGUACUUGCAUAUGUUCACACAAAGAAGGAAAAUAUUGGGGAGUGGAAAUAAAAAAAAUGUAUAA